AUGGCUGGGUACGCAACAGUGGAUUCUUCACAUCAUGGAGUGGGACAAAAUGGACCACAAGUUGGUUGUUCUGAGGAACCUCAUGACUAUGGGGCCAGAUGGUACUUCACGAGGAAGGAAAUUGAAGAAUACUCUCCAUCAAGGAGAGAUGGUAUUGAUCUGAAAAAAGAGACUUAUCUUAGGAAAUCAUAUUGUACAUUCUUACGGGAACUGGGCAUGAGACUUAAAGUACCGCAAGUUACAAUUGCUACUGCUAUAAUAUUCUGUCAUCGCUUUUUUCUUCGCCAAUCCCAUGCCAAAAAUGACAGAAUGACAAUAGCAACCGUAUGUAUGUUCCUUGCUGGCAAGGUUGAAGAAACUCCUCGCCCCCUGAAAGAUGUUAUUCUUGUUUCAUAUGAGAUAAUUCAUAAGAAAGGCCCUUUUGCUGCUCAGGAAAUCAAGCAUAAGGAAGUGUAUGAGCAACAAAAGGAGCUCAUUUUAUUGGGGGAAAGGCUUGUUCUUGCGACUCUUGGUUUUGAUCUGAACGUCCACCAUCCAUACAGAUCCCUUGUAGAUGCAAUUAGAUUGUUCAACGUAGCACAAAGUUCUCUUGCUAAAGUGGCCUGGAAUUUUGUGAAUGAUGGCUUGCGGACAUCACUGUGCCUUCAGUUCAAGCCCAUGCACAUAGCUGCUGGUGCCAUGUUUCUCGCUUCCAAGUUUAUAAAGGUGAAGCUUCCCUCCGAUGGAGAGAAAGCGUGGUGGCAAGUGUUUGAUGUUACUCCACGGCAGCUUGAAGAUGUUAGCAAUCAAUUGUUGGAGCUUUACGAGCAAAAUCAAGCAACCCAACAAUCUCAUUGUAAUGAAACUAAUGGAAGCUCUUUUGCUGGAAUUAAUCAUCAUCUUACGGGAACAACAACUUCAACUGUCAGUGAGAGUUCACCAUCUGUAAAUAAUGCCUCUCGAGGUCAACCUGCUCCACCAAUGAGGCCCAUCAGAAUCCAACAAUCUAAUCCUGAUAGUAAACGUUUGGGUUUUCUGAAUACUCAGAAUCAUCGUCAUGGCCAUGGUAGUAGUGCUGAUGGUAAGACUGUUGGUGUCAGGGACCAAAGUGCAGAUUGUAAUGGGAAAGAUGGUUCAUAUCGAGAGACUGAGCUAGUUUCAGGCCGCCGGGAAUCAUCCACAGCAGAAGAUCUGAACUCUUCAAAGCAUGAUAGGGGAAGUGCUGCAGAAGUUAUUUCUGCAGUCGAAAAGGCACAGAAACUCCAAAAUGAUGAUGCCAAGAAAAAUGAUCCUAUUGCAAAGCAGGUUGAGGAUGGAAUUGAGUUGGAUAUGGAGGAUGAGGAGAUGACACGGGUAAAGAGGCGAAUCUGGCCAAAGCCCCUCCACAGGGUGGAGCAACCAGCGCCGGCGAAUAUGAGGAGAAGACAAUGCAAAGAAGAUGGGAACCCAACCUCCAUUGAUGAGCAUAAUUAUUCUUCUCGGAAGUUUCAAAGUAAUAAUGUUAAACUUUCAGGAGGGAUGAAGAGAAAGCCAGAUGAGAAGAGGUGGUCAGACCAUUCAGGCAGGGACCGCAAGCGGGUCAGGUGA